ACCAACGGAACAAUCUCCGUGCAAUGUCACGACUGGGUUUCGCUUGCGUGUCUGCAGUGCACAUGAUUCAGGAAGAAUUUUUAUUCAACUCUGUAUAUAUAUACCCAAACCCCUCUGCAGGGAAGAAAGACGAGGUAAUAGAGAAGAAGAGAUGGAGCAGUUGUUGAAAUGCCAAUCUCAGUUUGUUGAUGCAGGUUUCAGUUCUGAAGAUCUGAGGCUUGUCAAGCGCCUCGGUCAGGGCAACAUGAGUACAGUUUUCUUAGCUGUUCAUCGAGACACCAACAAGGCUUUUGCGGUCAAAGUGAUGAAUAAGGAGAUUCUUCAACAGAGAAACGCCUACAAAAUGGCAGCCACAGAAAAGGAUAUUCUCUCCUCUUUGAAUCAUCCUUUUCUCCCUUGUCUGCUUACCCACUUUGAGUCGGAGAAUCAUACAUUUUUGGUCAUGGAGUACUGUUCGGGAGGAGAUAUUAGCGUCUUGAGGCACAGGCAACCGGGUCAGACCUUUUCAGAGUCCACCAUAAGGUUCUACGCGGCAGAGGUAGUAAUAGCAUUGGAGUAUUUGCACGAGCAGGGAAUAUUAUACAGAGAUCUGAAGCCGCAGAACAUAUUAGUGCAAGAUAGUGGGCACAUAAUGCUCACUGAUUUUGAUUUGUCCCUGCGUCUCAUACCCGAUGAUGGCGAAGAUGGUGAAUGGAAGUCUCGUUCGUUUGUGGGUACAGAGGAUUAUAUCGCGCCAGAGGUCCUAUGGGGGAAACCACACUCCUACGAUGUGGACUGGUGGUCCCUGGGCGUCUUUUUGUACGAAAUGAGUUAUGGACGGACGCCUUUUAGGGGGUCAAAUAGAAAGGACACUUUUGUGAAUAUAAUGAGCAAGGAUCCUUCCUUCUCAUCCUCAUCUCCUCUCCACGAUCUCAUUCAGAAGCUCCUUGCGAAAGAGCCGACAGAGAGGCUAAACAGAAAGCAAAUAAAAAGCCACCCAUUCUUCGACGGCAUGAGAUGGGAGCAGCUGCAGUUUGUUUCGAGGCCUCCUUUUGUGCCACCGCUCUCCACUGAAACUGCACUCAGUUUUCACCUAGAAGAGGAAGAUGAAGCGACAGCAGACAUGGGCAUGAAAUCGGAAAGCAACAGCUAUGUGGAAUGUGACUUGGAAGAAGACGAAACGAGCAAAUCUGCAUUUUUAGAGUUUUGAGAUAUGUGGGGUUGAUGUUAAUCAAGACAUUAUGCUCUAUGCAUUUUGACCAAAACAAUAAAUUACUUGAUUGAUAUUUUAUUAGAUUUAUCAAAAAAUCAUGUUAUUGAUUGUGAUAUA